GUGAAAAUCAACAAAUUAGAAAAAACCCUAAAUUCACUUUUAUAUUAAACCCAAACAAAAUAAUUACGAUCAUUUAAAUUAUCCAUUCAAGCUGACAGGUGACUUGACUUAACCUAAAUUUUGACAUGAGUUACGGAUAUCUUUUGUUUGUCACCAGAAACCAACCUAACCAAAUUUAUGACAACCUAUUCACGAAUAUCCCUAAAUCCUAGUGAGUAAUUUCUUGUUGAUACACAAGUUUAAGUUUCUCAAAUUUGCUUUGAGUCCGGCCCUGGUCGCGCAUGCCCCCAUCCCACCCUUCUAUUGAUAUUGUCCAGUUAGUUUACCAACUUUUUCCCCAUCAACAUGCAUAAAUACUUAUCAUCUAGUCUGAAUUCCGUGGUAUCGAUCGAUUUGGAGACCUCAUGGGCCGCUCAAAGCCUCCAAGAAGCCCUAAAAACAGCUCGAUACGAUGCCAAGUUUCAACAGAAACAAAUCCAAGAACGCGAAGAGAAACUGUUGCGUUUAUACGAAUCCCAACAACAGAAAACCUUCGAAAGAGUCGGUGGUCGAGGAAGUGCUGGAAGCAACACGAGUUUGGGGUCAACUGGGGGCGGAAAAGUCCGACAAAUGUUCGAUGAAAGGCGACAAAAAGCGGGGAUUGACCGGAGUUAUCCUCUAGAGCCGUUAAAAGCAACUAAUCCAAGGGGUGGAAGUAAAAUCACAGUUAAAGCAACAAAAAAUGCAAAACCGGAAGUUAGUAAAAAAAUUGUUCACUCGAUUUAUAAUAAUAAUGAUGGUGAUGAGAGUUUUGAACAACACACUUUUCAAAGCAAUAAUUUAUUAUUGAAUCAGACUUUUAAUAAACAUUCCGAUAUUGUGGAAAUGAUGAAUAAUCACAAUCUGAGUGAUUGUUUAGACAACGAACAAAUGCCAGAUUUGGGAUUUGAUGAAGUUGACGAGUCGGUGUUUCCCCGAAAACUCGCCAAUCUCGGCGGAAAACUCCCCAGUGAAAAGGUGGAGAAGAAAGCGAGUAAACCCCCGGGAAAUACUCUGGGAAAAACCUUCCGAAAGGAAACCAAGCCCAUCAUCAAGCGUAGCGUGAAAGCGAGUGCUUCAGUGCCGUCGCAGCAGCCCCCCAAAAGCCUGAUUUCGUCGCCGGUUCGCUCCCAGAGCAUGCAAUCGGCCAAGUCAAAUCCGGUGAAGAAGGGGACUCCCCAGCCGCCGCAGUCGGCGCGCGCCCCCUGCAAGGACCGGCCGUCGGCCAAGCAGUCGGGGAAGUCCCCCGUGGCGCGCGACGACUUGAACGAGUGCCGAUUUUGCAACCGGCGCUUCGCCGCCGACCGUUUGGAAGUCCACGAGUCGAUUUGUGGUAAAACGGCGAAGAAGAAACGCAAGAUUUACGACGCGACGAAGCAUAGAGUCGAGGGGACGGAAUUGGAGCAGUAUGUGCGAAAGGGGCACAAGAAUCUGAGUAGUAAAUCGAGUCGGCAAGCCCCCAAGAAGGACUGGCGACGCACCCACGAGGAGUUUAUUAAUGCUAUUCGGGCGGCCAAAAUGGCACAAGCACAUGUGGCCAAAGGGGGCAAGUUGGCGGAUUUGCCCCCGCCGCCCCCUUCGAGCAAUCCAGAUUAUGUGCAAUGUCCACAUUGUGGACGCAAAUUUAAUGAAGCCGCCGCCGAAAGACACAUCCCCAAGUGUGCCACUUAUGAGUUUAAUAAACCCAAACCGGGGGCUAAUAGGAGUAAAACUUCGGGCAGGAAUAUGAGAUAGGAGUUUGGAUUUUGUACUAAAUUCACAAUUAUUUUUUUUUGCUUUUUUUUUUCAUUUUAAUCAAAUAAUGUGGCAAAUGUAACACGUUUUUACAUCAUUAAAGGCUGGGAAAUGGAACUAGUGAUUUUCUAACUUUUGAGUCAUUUUUAAACUACGGUGCUGUGUGAUAAAGUAACUUAUUUUUUUACAAAUAAUACCAAAUUGAUUAGCUUUUUUUACUAGAAACUUGAUGUUGGCUAGUCCGCUUUAUGUUCCUCUUAAAAAUCAAUAAAAUUUGCUUUAUUA